AUGUCAACAUCAUUAAGGGUCGUAGCAGCUUACCAAUAUCGCUAUCUUUACCUGGAGAGAUGGUUGCAGCCAAGAAGAUGGUAUUCAGUUUGUAUGAUGUAUCAACGUGCUAACCAAACUGUUACAGGUGUUGUAGAUGGCCGAAUUGUUGAUGAGACUAAUUUAGUUAAAGUGACAACUACGCCAGCCACGAACGUCACUUUCGGAUUUAUUGAUCCCAAUAUAUACCCUGCUCUAUCAUUCAUUGGUAAUGUAACGCAGUUUAAUAUUUGGUCUCGAAUUCUGAGUGCUGAUGAAUUGAGUGAUCAGGCCUAUUGCAAGAGUUCAGCACUGGGCGAUUUUGUUAGCUGGGAGGAAGAAUGGAGCUUACAGAAUGUAGUACAGUAUGACCUGGACCUCAGUGACUUGUGUCCAAAAGAGGCUCCUUUAGGGCUCCAAAUUUUCCCCGUAAUGAGUCAUCAAGAAGGCACCCAUGUGUGUGAAGCCCUGGGAGGGACACUCAAAGUGCCGAAUAACAUGGCCGAAGUGGAGCACAUGUACCUUUCGACCCAGAGGCGCACAAAGAACUGUCGGCUCAUUUGGAUUGGCGUGACGGACGAGGGAGAAGAAGGAGUCUGGCGCAAGGAACGGAGUGGCACACUCGCCUCCGAUCUUCCUUGGGCCUUCGACGAACCUAAUGGACAGCUGUACGAGAACUGCGGUGGCAUCGACCUCGAGGGAGUAAUUGAUGACAAUUGUAAGGCAAAGAGGUGCCCUCUCUGCUCCGUGGCAGACAAUGUUGCCAUGGUACUAAGAGGGUCGUGUGAGGAACACAUUUACAACAUGAACUUCAUGAUGCUUUUAAAGAAUGAUGGAAUGGUUUUCGAGGGAUAUGGUGACUACAGGAUAAUUCUCACAAAUGAAACGUGGACUUGGCUUAACAUCGUCCACGACACCAUUAUCGGACAGAUGAUCAUUUCCCGCUACAACUACCCACUUGGAAGGCAACGGUGGAAGCUGCAUCGGCCGGUGUGUGGCCAGCAGGCGGGACAAGUGCGGCAACUGCUGAUAACCAUGUGUCAAGAUGGACAAUAUAGCUGCGAUGAUGGCACCUGCAUUCCCCUCAGUAAAAGGUGUGACAUGAAAUACGACUGUUUCGAUUCGAGUGACGAAGCAGAGUGUGAGUUGAUACGACUUCCUCCAGAGUAUAAGACAAACGUGGCACCCAGACCUGUAAGCAAUGGUGCCAAAGGAGAGAGCAGAAAGAUGCUGCAGAUCUUGGCCAACAUAAGCCUCGAGAACCUCCGCGUGGACACCUCCGAGAUGCUUCUAGAAGCCUCAUUCAACCUCAGCCUCACGUGGUACGAGACUCGCGCGCUCUACGUUAACCUCAAGAAUCAAGUGAGCCUGAACCUGCUCGACACGAGCCAGGUGAAGCUGUGGCUGCCGAGCGUUGGCUUCCUCAACACGAUCGACAACGCCGUCUCCGUAACCGACCGCCAGAGCAGCACCCACGUCGUCAGACGCGGCCGCUCCAAGGGCGCCGACAACGCGGUCGCCGAGGAAGUCCGUCUUUACUUGGGAAGCGAGAACCCGAUCGUGAGCAGCCGGAAGUACCAGGGCUUCUUCACCUGCGACUUCGACCUAACCAGCUACCCGUUCGACCACCAGACGUGCUUCAUGAAGCUGCAGCUUCGGUCGGCUUUCCGUGAUGACGUCAGGUGGGACUGGAUGGCUGUGGCAUGUGUGUUGCUUAGCCACCGUAACUGUCUUCUUGAAUACAUAAUUUUUUGGUAUAACAGAUGGGACGUGGAAGGAAGCCAAGUACAGUACUUGGGUAAUCCUCUCCUUCUCGAAUACCAGCUAGGAUCUUUCAUUAUCUUGCCGAAGUCAUCAACGGGGGACGAUAGCAUCCUUUUGGUGAGCAUCCCUAUGACACGACUUGUUGGUUACGCCGUUAUCAGCAUCUAUCUGCCGUCCCUCAUCAUGCUAAUCAUCGGUUAUCUGACGCUUUUCUUCAUCAACGAUAACUUCGAGGUUCGCGUCAUGACGGCUCUUACCACGCUCUUGGUCAUGGCUACUCUCUUCACGCAGGUAUCUUCAUCACUCCCCAAAACCUCGUACUUCAAACUGGUGGACGUGUGGCUUCUCUUCUGCAUCUUCUCCACUUUCCUCAUCAUCAUCUUCCACAUCAUCAUCGACCUCUCACUCCACAGCGAAAGUACCACAGAGACGAAAAUCAACACCGGUUCCAUCCCAGUCCAACGCCGUUCUGUGGCACUUAGGGGCAACAGUAACGUGGCACCUUUCUUUCCUUCUUCUCCUUCACCUGAGGCAUGGAAAAUGCCCAAGAAGACUUCCUCAAAAGUUGGCUGGUUCAAGAAGAUGUCAGUGCUAGAUAUAGAGAGGUUCGCCCGUUGGCUGAUGGCUGCUGUAUUUCGUGGUUUUCAAUAUUUUUUACUGGCUGAAGGCAUAUGGUUUUAUGUAAUAUACUAUUAGUGUUUUCACGCCUUUUAUUUGCAAUUUUCUUAAAAGUAUGCACUGUUAGAUGAGGUCUUGCUUAACAGCAUAUCUGCAGUAUAGUUAAUUUUUUUUUCAGAUCCCUUUACUAUCUAUCUAUACCAUCAUUUCUACAGAGAUUCUACUUAUUUGCCCACUUUUUACCAUUACGAUACUGGAAAAUAAUUGUUCUGUAUAUAUGCCUGUAUUUGUAUGUUUCCAUUUCCUAGUAUCGUAUCUACCUUUGUUCUACCUACCUCUCCAUCUACCUCAUCUGUCAUUCUGCAUUAUAUAUCUGUCUGCCAAUCUUACUAUCUAUCUUUUUUUUCUGUAAAAAAGAUAGUUUCAUAUGUCACUGUCCUAUGAAACUGCAAUGUACACUGAGCCAAAAGUCCAUAGCAAUACCGGUACCUAUCCAUUCUGGAUAGGUACUGGGAUUGCCAGUUACACUGGUCAAGUGACUUCAUGGCCCCUGUGUACUUCCUGGUCUGCUAGCUCAGAGUCAUGAGCUAGGCAACCACUCUGCAAUACUAUCAGCGCAACCACAUAGGCCUUGAUGGAUUUACAACACACCAAUUGAAAUGCCUUCUUGAGAUAAAAAUAGGCUACAAGCAGCUCACAGCUCAACAAAUAAUGGAACUCCACAGUAGCUUGUAACAUAAGGAUACAACCUGUUGUGGAUUUGCCGGGAGUGAUUCUAUCGUGCUCCAAGUUCUGGUCCCUAAAUGUAUCGUAUAUAUAUUUCAUAAUGAUAAGUGCAAGCACCUAUACUGAUAUGCUUUUUCCAGCAACACACUUUCUCCUUACGAUGCCUUAAAUGCCAUCAGCAAAGAUGACAGCCAUGGUCUCACCCGAACUUCGGUAAUGCAACGUUUUUACUACCCUUCCGCUUGGCGAUUGCUCCCUAACCUCUGUCACGGUUUGAAGUUUCUCACUAGUGGGGAGAUAAAGCAGUAGGACCACCCCAUCCACUUACCUGUAGUAAACUUGUUAUUGGCUUAACCUGGCAAAAGUCCUCAAUAUGCUUGACCAAUACACUUACACCUCAACAUGAUCUAUGAUGAUCUUUAUUUCUACUGAGUGAACUCCUGCCACAUACACGGAGGGAUUUGAGAUCAGUUUUCCUAGGGCAUGGUAGGAGGACGAAGGACAUUUAAUAAGUAAUGGCCCUCAGCUUCGUCAGCAUCAUUACUAAGAUGCCAUCUCUUGUCCUUCCUCAACAGUGCACAAGUCCUUUACAGCAAGGAUCAGUUCAAGUCCUGAUCUCCAGCCAUUUAAGUUGCUUGACUUGUUUACAUUGCCUCUAGUGUUCUCUGUAAGGCCUUUGUCUCAUGCAGUCACUAAUGCAUUAAGUGUUUUGUGUUUGGUGAGUUCCACAUGCUACAGGGUCUACCAUGAUUAAGGAUAUCCAUAGCACUGCCUUGAGCACACUCCUUCCUCAGUCUAUCCAAGUGAAACACCAUAGGGCCUGUCACUGGACAGACUGGAGUGUUUUAAAGUUGACCAGGGGGUAGCCACAACCAGUCAAUUACUGGAACCACAGAUAUCUAUUCUGGUAUAGCCUGCAGUUCUGGAGGAUCCUCUCAGUGAGUGAUAGGAAGGAUAUCAUCACUGAUACCAAACACCAGAAAUCAUUAUUCUCUCUCCCAUUGAAUCGUCUUCAUGUGGUCACAUAUAAGCCAAUUUUGACGAUGGACUUACUUUUACAUUACAUAAUGAAUGUAUUUUAGACUUUUUCUAGUGUACAUUACCGAAACUAAAGGUGAGGUAGGUCGUAUGCAUCGAAAAUUCAGUCAGAAACAUGUAAGUACAGCUCCAUUUUCUACCUUGAUAUAUCGAUAGCGACACAGUGUACCUACUCAACAGAUAUUGGUAUUUUCGAGAUUAGAGUAAACCUUUUCUUUAAGAAAAUCAAACAUGUUCCAAAUAUUUGUUUGACGGUUUCCAAAUGCCAAGGAUAUAACAUCCCAUCUCUAACCUAUCAUUAACUGUAAAAAGGAACACUAUUCCAUUCAACAAGAAACGAAAUGAGAUCGGUAUGAUUCACUUUAUGGAUAAGUGCACUAAAUAAAAGUAUAUGAGUACUUAUGUGUACGAAAUCAUUUAGUAAUAUCCUUUCUUUCAGCAUGAAAUUAUGUUAUAGUUCUUAACACUCCAAGGGAAAGUACCAACACUUAUAAAACAAAAUGCAAAAUAUUGUAUUACGCACGUUUCUAAUAUCUCUCAAACAAUGAAUAAGUUAUCAAAGCUUAUUCAAACAAGAAAUCAGGAAGGUCUAUAAACGGAUAACGCAUUUUGCCGUGUCUGGAUGCUAUAUGUAGCGGAUCUUAAUACAGUAUUUUUAUUGUUGUCUUGCUUGAACAAACAUCAAAGAGCCACAGAAUAUAGUAUUGCGACACACUAAGGUUAUUUAAUAACUCGCAUGUAGUAACUACGGAAUGCUAAAGAAUAAAUCCAAUAUCAGUGAGCCUGAUGGGUUCAUUUUAAAUCUCGUCGUCGUUCUUAUAAUUAUGGUUCUUGAUGUAGUGAACGCGUCCGUAACACCAAUUAAGAUGCAAGUCUAGCAAUUAACAUAUGCAAACGAGCCCGCACUGUCUUGGAAGUGGCGGGUAUUGCCCGUAUAUAUACCCCUCGUUCUGCCAAGACAAGGCAGAGAGGGAGAGAGAGCGGCUAAGCGAGCACAGCU